ACCUCCACAAGUACAGAUAGUCGAAGGAGCGAUAGUGGUAUCUCUCCUAGUGUGCUCCGGAGAGCUACGAGGUCAGAGCCUCGCUAGUGGAGAGCUGUGUUGUCGUUGUUGCUCGUGAAGAGCGGAGCAAGAAUAUUAUGCGCCAUUGUCCUUUAGUCUAAUGUACUGGACUGCCUAAUAGCGCCAGCAUCUUUGACUAUUUCCUUAGAUUCAAUACCUGAUGAGGGGAGACUCCAAUUGCCAGAAAUAGGAGUGGUAGAAUACAUUGAGCAGAAGGAAGUGCACAACAUCCACAUAAACACAAGCAGCGAUAGAUAUAGAUAUUCGACAAACCCUCGCUGAUCAAUCCAUUAUAUCUUAGCGUUGAAUGGUGGAUGCCAGAUGUGAUGCAACCCAGUAUCCUAUCUAGAUUGAGGGGCAGCCGUUAGAAUGAGUCAAUAUGCGAUUCGUGCCUCAUCUAAUUCUCUCUCCAACAAAGACACGACUACCGGCCCAUCUUUCUAUGAAUGUAUAUUCAGCAGUCAGGCUAAAAUUGAGAAAAAUGUUCGUAUUCUCGCAUACAUGUAGUCCCGAUCUCGCGGGGUCCUAUAAAGGCUAGUCAAGUGUGUGGUUCAAUGUGGAUCUUUUACUUCAAAAUGUGAAUGGGCAUUUUAACCUUAAAUCCAUUCCACUCUUUGCAGUUUGACACAAACGAUAGCCAUGGAGGGAACCCGCAUAUCAACAGCCAGCUUCAAGCAGAUCGGAAAAGAUAUUAUAAUCCGCCUCGGAGUAGCAGCAGACAUACCGUACUUGCCGGCCAUAGAAGAAUCAGCAUCGGAAAUAUUCAAAUCGAUACCUGAUCUGGAGUUUAUCGCGGAUGACCCGCCUCUUUCCAUUGACACGCUGCACUCCUACCUAUCCUCGAGUCAUUUGUGGGUAGCUACUGUAGAGGAUGAGUCCGGAUCAGAAAUUCCCGUUGCAUUCCUCGCAGCGAAAUCCAUAAAUCCGGCGCGGUCCGACGAAGAUAAUCAAGAAAUCGCGAAUAAUAUCCAAUCCCCUAGACAUAUAUAUAUCGCCGAGUGUUCCGUUCAUUUGUCAUUUCAAAGGCGAGGUAUCGCGGGCCGCCUGCUUAACACCGUUGCAGAAUAUGCGCGCAAGCAAGGCUUCGGAUGGCUGACGCUAAUAACAUUUCUGGAUGUGCCGUGGAAUGGAAAAUUCUAUCAGAAACACGGGUUUGAGGAAAUUGAAGCAGAGACUAUGGGUGAUGAGUAUGUUGAGAUUCUAAAGGAAGAAUUGGAUCAGUGGAAGAACUGGAAGUCAAAAAGAUGGAGGAGGGGGGUUAUGGCUCGAAAGUCAUGAGGGCUAAUUCUUUUGUCCAAUCCUAGCCGAAAUGGUUCAAACUGAAUAUAUCCCUUUAUUUCCGUGAGUAGACGACAGUACGGUAUGCCCAAGUCAAUCGAUGGCGAUUUCAUGUGAGGUUGUUACAGUUUAAUGAUUCCACCGCUUUAAGCUCUCUUGGAUGGCCACACUAUCGAAUUUCCU